GAAUCGAUUUUAAAAGUUCCCCCAACAAAAAAAAACCCUAAUCCCUAUAAAUACAGCCAUUCAUCAAAUCAAUUGCAUUCAUCUUAAGAAAUUCCCAAAUUUCUCUCUAAUCAAUCACUAUGAGGACUGUUAACCUAAGAUCAUCGGAGAACGAGGUUUUCAAGGUGAGGGAGGAGAUCGCAAAACAAUCCGUGGUGGUUCGAAACUUUCUUGAAGAGGAUGAAUCGAAUAGCGAUGAAGUUACGAUUCCGCUGCCGAAUAUUAGUGGAAGAAUUCUGGCAAUGGUGAUUGAGUGGAUUGUGAAGCACGUCGAAGAAAAGUUAACAGAGACAGCACUUAAAGAUUGGCAAAUUAAGUUCGUGGGUGAUCUGGAUUUGGAUUCGUUGUUUGAGCUUAUAAUGGCUGCUAAUUACCUGGAAGUCACCGAUUUAUUCCAUCAAACUUGCCAAAGCGUGGCUGAUAAGAUUGCCGGAAAGAGUCCGGAGGAGAUCCGAAAGAUCUUUAACAUUACGAAUGAUUUUACGCCUGAAGAAGAGGCUGAGAUUCGACGCCAGAAUGCUUGGGUCUUCGAAUCCGGUACAGGUAGCACCAGCGGCAGUAAAUAGAUUUCUGAUUUCGCUAGUUAUUGCUGCAUGUUUUUGGGCAACGAAGAUGGUGUCGAUAGGAUAUAUUAAAGCUAGUAUAGAUUUAUGGUCCACUGUUUUAAUCCAUUUGUGGUACAGUCUGCCAGUUUAGUUUUUAAAUGUUAUUUGUUAUUGUUCUUGUUAGAAACUUUACUGCUGAAUGGUAUGGAAUUUUUUUAUGUUGAAA